AGCGUCCUAGUACUUUGACCAGAAACGAUUCUAAACAAAUAUUAAUUCGUUUUCAUUUAUAAUCUCCUGGUACUUUUUAAAAUACCCUUUCCUCGUACGUUAUCUCCUAGACACAAUGCCUCUCACUGGUGGUGUGUCAGAAAAUGCUGAUAAAACGAAGAACUUCUCAAUAACGGGUGUGAAAGAGAAUGAAAAUAAUACUCUAACUGGUAAUGCAUUUGUACAUGGAUAUCGAAUCGCACCAGAUCCUACUCAAUUGAAUGCACCUGCGUAUAGUGUUGCUGGAGGAAGCUUAACUUUGGAAUCGGGAGGCCAUUCAGCAGGAAUAGCAGCGAAGCAUAUUCCCAAUGUUGGUAAUCAAGUCACAGGUUCUACUAAUCUGAACCUCCUCCAUACGUCGAACCACAAACUUGAUGUGAAUGCCUUCACUACACAGACUAUGCCGAAAGCGCAUCCGAAUUUCGCAACUCAUGGGGCUGGCGUGGACUAUGCCUUCAAAGAGAAAAUAGGUACAUCAGCUUCUGUAGCACACACACCUAUGUUCAAUAAAACGGACUACAACGUUGGAGGCUUCGUUAAUCUCCACAAAACCCCGACAUCAUCAUUCGACCUAAAUUUGGGUGCUUCCAAAAGUACAUCACCGUUUUCUCAUGGACAAUGGCAGCAGAAUGGUGCUUUCAUAUUCAAUAAGAAGUUUUAAUUUGUACGACAUUCAACGCUUGUUCAACUUGCAUGUAAUUUAAAACGCCUUUAAAAAUUGUAUAGGCAAUGCUUGGUUCCAUAAUAAUUGCGUAAUCGUUAUUAUAUAUUUUUUUAAUA